CCGAGCUUCCCUCGGAGCACUGGGCUAUGUGCGAGGAUAAAGUGCAUCAGUGCGGGGACAGCCAGCCUAGGGGGCACUUCCGAGCAGGCGAGAGCAGGCAGAAACAAAGAGAAGGGAGGACAUGAGCGCAGGCGAAGGGAGGGAGCAGGGGAUCAGCUGAGUUCAAUCCCGCCAGGAGAGCUCUUCCCCGAGAAGGGCAGGCACAGCAUUUCCCCCCUCCUCUCCCCCUCCGGCCGAGAAGACAAAGGAAACCGAGUGGCCCCAUGGGGAAAGGGGGUGAGCAAGGGGGGGAUUCGGGGGAGCCGGCGGCGCAGAUCCGCUUCUACACCUGGGAGGAGAUCCAGAAGCACAACCUGCGGACGGACAAGUGGCUGGUGAUAGAGCGCAAGGUUUACAAUGUCACCAAGUGGGCCAGCAGGCACCCGGGGGGCCAGCGGGUCAUCAGCCACUGCGCCGGCGAGGAUGCCACGGAUGCAUUCCAGGCCUUCCAUAUCAAUCCCACCUUGGUGCAGAAGUUUCUCAAGCCGCUGCUUAUUGGAGAACUCGCUCCAGGGGAGCCCAGCCAGGACCGAGACAAAAAUUCCCAGCUGGUGGAGGAUUUCCGGACCCUGCGGAAGACAGCGGAGGACAUGAACCUGUUCCGAGCCAGCCCCUUGUUCUUCUCCCUUUACCUGGGCCACAUCAUUGCCAUGGAAGUCUUGGCUUGGCUCAUGGUUUCCUACUUCGGGACUGGCUGGAUUGCAACCCUCAUCCUUGCCUGCAUCCUUACAACUUCCCAGGCCCAGGCAGGGUGGCUGCAACAUGAUUUUGGACACCUCUCUGUCUUCAAGAAGUCUUCCUGGAACCACAUCGUCCACAAGUUUGUCAUUGGACAUCUGAAGGGUGCCUCUGCAAACUGGUGGAACCACCGCCACUUCCAGCACCACGCCAAGCCCAACAUCUUCAAGAAGGACCCAGAUGUGAACAUGCUGCACAUUUUUGUCCUGGGAGACACACAGCCCGUUGAGUACGGCAAGAAGAAGCUGAAGUACCUGCCUUACAACCACCAGCACGAGUACUUCUUCCUCAUCUUCCCGCCUCUGCUCAUCCCUGUGUAUUUCCAAAUCCAAAUCAUCUCGACCAUGAUCAGGCGCAGGUUCUGGGCGGACCUGGCCUGGGCCAUCAGCUACUACCUGCGCUACUUCAUCACCUACAUCCCGUUCUACGGCGUCCUGGGCUCCCUGUGUCUCCUCACGUUUGUCAGGUUUCUGGAGAGUCACUGGUUCGUGUGGGUCACCCAGAUGAAUCACAUUCCAAUGGAAAUCGAUUCUGAGAAGCACAGAGACUGGCUUAGCUCCCAGAUGGCAGCGACCUGCAACAUUGAGCAGUCCUUUUUCAACGACUGGUUCACCGGGCACCUGAACUUCCAGAUCGAGCACCACCUGUUUCCAACAAUGCCACGGCACAACUUCUGGAAGGUGAAGCCUCUGGUGAAGUCAUUAUGUGCCAAGUAUGGAGUCCAGUAUGAGGAGAAGCCUCUCGGGAAAGCAUUCGUAGACAUUGUUGGGUCCCUAAAGAAAUCUGGAGAUCUCUGGCUGGAUGCUUAUCUCCAUAAGUGAUCAUGAAUCUUUCUGGGGAGGUGUGAGUGACCGGGAGGGAUGGGGGGGUGUGGGGGGGGAUCACACUUGUGUGUUUUACUCUCAGAUCUGUCUAAAUCCAUGGUUGGAGGGGAGUUUCCUGUCUUGUCAGCUGCUUCUGGUGCAGGCCCAGGCAACCUGUUUAAUCCAGGCAGAUUUAAAAUGUGCUCCAGAGGGUGGAAAGCAAGGCCAGCAGUGCAAGGAAGGGAAGGUUGGGAGAGGAUGUUGAGGAAUGUUUAAAAAAAGGGGCAUUAAUAUUUGACCUUGACCCUCUUUUCACAAGAUUCAUUCUCAUUAUUCUGCCUAAACCACACAAACCCUGAUUUUUAGGUGUUUGCGAUCCAAGGACACCCCAGCCAGCUCAUGCCUCUUUCCCAUGUUUGUGUGGAAGAGGAAUCACAUCCCAGGGGAUGGGCAGCUGCUGGAUGUGCUCCCAGCCCUGUCCAGCUCCCAGCUCCCUCCUUUGCCUCCUCCCCUUCUCUAAUCAGAGCAUCCCUUCAGUGCCAGCUGGGACCCUGGUCCUGCCAACCCCAAACCACAGCAGGGUUAACACAGCCGCCUUUUAGGAUCAGCCUCUCUUCCCAGGGGGCUCUAGAAGAUUUCUGGGUUUAAACAGCAAAAUGUCUCCUUUAGGAGAGGGUUUGUUUUCUCUCUAAUGAGCAGCAGGUCUGGCACAGCGAAUUGCCAGCAAAUCGCACAAAAGACCAAAACAAUCAUGCAAGCAAAACGUGCUAAUUGCUCCUCGGUGCUCCAGGGGAACCACAAAUGGCCUUUUCACCAUCCUGCCCUGCAGAAACCCAGAGUUCUGCCUGUCUGCACAUGCCUGGCAGGAACCAAGCCUCCUCCUGCCUGCCCCAGGCCCCUGCUCACCCUUCCCUUGGGAACCAUCACAGGAGAAAAGGAGUUCUCCCUGCACAAGGAGCUGUCAAACAGUCGAUCCCAGCUGGAAUCAGCCCUGCCCAGGCUGUGCUGCUGAUGUGAGACCUUUGGAGACUCCUACAAGUUGUGUAAAACUCAAUUUUCUGCCCAGCACCUAAUUACCAAAAUUCACUAUUGGCUUAUUGGGAGAUAUGGCUGAACAGCUUCCAGGUGCUUCUGGAACAGGUAACCUGACCCCAGAUAAACCCAGGGGGUCAGGUUCAGCUGCAACACAACAGAAGAGAUAUUUGGUUUAGGACAAAGGGCCAUGGUUCCAAAAGCAGCCUCCAGCUCCAGCAUCUGCUCCCUGGAAACUCCAGGAGGGAGACUCUGGUUACUUUGCACGCCUCAUUACUUCCCUCAGCUCUGAAACUGGACCUUCUCUGUCAAAUCCCUGAAUCCUAGCAGCAUCCCACUGAAUCAGCAAAGGUGCUUCAUCAUGAACAGAAACGACUCUGGGACCACGGCCAGCAUUCAAAGAAAAAAUAAAUGCAUUCCCUCCCCAGCUUCUUUGGAGAAUGAGAUUUUAUCUUUGCUUACAGAUGGGGAAUUCAGCAUCUUGCAACUUCAGCAAGCAGCACUUCUGGUUUGUAAAGGGCUUGUUCUGGGGGUCUUGCUCACCCAAGUGCCACCAGGAAUGUUCACGGUGAAAAGCUACAUAAAUAACAUCCUCUGGAUGCUGUGAUUUCUCAGGCAGGUAGUAAGGAGCUAGCCUGGAAUUUGGCUAACCUCACCAGGACUGCCUUAAUUUCCUUGAAUGUGCCUCACUGUGCUCCAGCAAGGAUGACACGAGCACAGUGGCAUCAGCACUGCAAGCUUUUAAAUAUCCAGCUUAUUCUUCUGACAGCCCUUGGGAUUUUUUGGUCUUAUUUCCAGAGCAAAUGUUUUUCUCCUUAGCCUUGUCCCCUUCUUCUCUUCUCACCUUUCUUCUUGGGAAACUGUUUGGGUUGAUCUUGGGGAAAGAUCAGCUCUUAGGCAAAUGGGCAUUUUUUUCCCCAAAAAAACCUUAUUAUUUUUUCAGGCAAGGCUCAUAUAGCUUUUUACUCUGCUUCCAAAAAAAUCUCAGCUUUCUAUCUUGCAAUUUGAGCUGUUUUCUACUUGCCUUGAUUCCUUGUUGACACCUCAUCCCUGCAAGUGUUACAGGCCAGACUGGAUGAGGUUUGGAGCAACCUGGUCUAGAGGUGUCCCUGUCCAUGGCAGGAGUGUGGAAUUGGAUGAUCUUUAUUGUCCCUUCCAACCCCAACCAUUCCAGGAUUUUACAAGCUCUCCACUCUUUAACUGGAGCAGGUCAAAGAGAUCCCUGACAAAGAGCCCUGGAAGUCUGGAUCAAUCUGCUUUGUUGUCAUUGUUCUCCAAGUAAAAUUACAUUUACCUGGAGAUAUUCCAGAGGUUUCAGUAAGACUGGAAAUGUAGAUGGAUAUAAACUUCCCAUGAGCUUUGUCUCCAACAAGCUGCAAUGAGUGAGACACGAGCAGGUUAAAAUCUGAAAAAGCAGAAUUUUCAGCAGAGCUUUGCCCAGCUUUCUGAGGACUCUUAACUAGCGAGGUUCUCUGAAAAUAAUGAGGUGAAAUCUUGCCCCACUUUCUGCCUUGAUAAAGGUCAUUCAUUUGCACUGUAGUGAGACACAAACAUGAAAAAAACCCCAAAGCCAGUAAGAGGUGCUGGGAGCCUGCCAGGGUUUACUGAACCCAGCUACACCACAUGGCAAUGGGGAGAGCUGGUUUCAGGGCAGAGAAUCAAACAACAGCCAGGGAAGGACUGGAUUUGUUCUCCCCACUCACUGUGGGGGACUGGAGUAGGAGCUGGAGGACCAGGAUGAUGGAGGAUGCCAGGAAAAGCACAAACUGCAGCAAAGAAAAGCCUCUGGGUGUGCUUCAGGAGGAGAAUGAGAGAUGGGAGAAGCUUGGGAAGGUCAUGGCUUGGGGAGGGAUGCAUGAGAGGGGGAGAAAAAAUACUGAGAGGUGAAGGAGGAGAAAUUUGGAAUCAGGUGUUCCAUGAUCUCCCAGCAUGGCUGGAAUUGCCUGGAGGGCUGUGCUGGAGACACAGGGCAAGACAGGGCAGAGCUGGGGCUCAGAGGGGGUGGCAGGGGCUGGUGACAUCCACAGGCACCUCAGAGUGAGCUGGAUCUCACACUGAGCCCCCCCUCCCACAGCUCUGGGAGCAGGGACUCACUGCCCACAGUUCCCAGGGACAGGCACAGUGGGAGUUAGGGGACUUUCCUUGGAGUUUUCCCUCUAAGCAUGGAUUUGAGGAGUCUAAAUCCCAACUGCUCACUGAAAUAGGGCUUGGGAGGCUCAUCAGGACCUGUGUCCAGGCACCAUCAUUCCCUACUGCAGGGGCUGAGCUCUCUGGCUGGAUUUGAGGUCUUCAUUAGGGCAAAGACAUCCUUUUCCUUAGUAGAUGCUUUCCCAAGAAAGCCUUCCUAACAAAGCCCUAACAUUUCCAAUGUUAAAAUAGCCAACCCACAUUCCUUAUAGGACAGCUCCUGCUUUUUUUAAUUCUUAAAAAAAAAAAAAAUCCAGUAACUCAAAAAGAACAACUUUUUUUUCCUUGUGUAUUCUACCACUCAAUAAAAUCAUAACUAUUUGUUGACCAUA